AAACUCGCUAUAACCAUGUCACAUACCUCGACUCUGGCUGUAACACAACUUAAACAGCUCAUAUACUACCACUUGGACAACGAGUCACCAGACAAUGCAAACUUUCUUGCCGAACGACUGAUUUCCAUUGAUCCUCGAAACCCGGACUCUUCACAUCUCUUGGCCCUAACAAAUUAUCGUCUGCGGCGGUUCAAAACAGCCUACGACUGCAGUCAGAAGAGCGGCGCAAAUGGUAGACACCUAGGCUGUGCCUAUGUUUUGGCUCUAGCCUGUCAAGAGCUUGGGAAACACAACGAAGGCAUUGCAGCUUUGGAANAGGCUAGAAGCCUUUGGCAAGGCCGUAGCCAUUGGGAGUCUUCAACGAGGCAUACUCCAGAUGCUGCUGCUGUAAACACUCUGCUCGGGAAGCUGUGGCGUGGCCAUGGUGAUUCCCGGAGAGCUGGCGACUGCUACAUUGAGGCGCACAAGAGCAACCCAUUCACAUGGGAGGGUUUUCAAGGUCUUUGUGAUAUGGGUUCAUUCAGGAUGACUACCGAACUCGCCUCUUCCAUUACCAGCGCUUCAGCGUCAAUAUUGAACCAAGAAACCAUCAAAGAUGAACCUCCGCCCACCGCGCCAGUUUCGAGUACGAAUAACAUAAACAGCAUUCAAACCCUCACUCCGACCAACGAUCCCUUUAAUCCUGUGAAGAACGGUGGAAAUCUCGUCGCACAAGCCCAGAGUAAUUUUCUACUGCCGAGGAUCAAGUCGAAAGGCAUAUUUGGCAACAAUGGAUCAAAGCCUACCAACCAGCAGUCGUGGGAGACUCCAACUGCUAAUGGAAUGUCCGGAGAUGAGGAUGUCGAGAUGGGAGGCAUACAACAAGAAGCAGUCAAUGCGGACGAACCGCCAGCUGCUCCAACGCGGCGAUCAAGGACUGCACUCCAAAGGCUUGGACUCGAUGCCGGUAAAGAUAGCCAGAAAGCUCGCGCUGCAACAGUCAGGAGUCAGGCGAAGCCUAGCUCAGAAUCAGUGGAUAUCGAUGAUGCGACAAAUGGCGCGCAGAGACGUUCGCAGCACAAACGGACAAUAUCUGGACACAGCGCACAAAUCACAGAUGCCGAAACAAUAACAUCUGCUCCAAGGAGGAGCAAUCGUUUAUUCAGUCAGAUCACGGGUUCGAAGACAGCCAGUCGGGUGCCCGCCGAUAGCAAUUCCUUAACAGCAGCUAAGCGCGACGAAGUGAAAAAGGCCAAGGCUACGGGGACGAAAGGAAGAGGGCCUGCUCAAGUGGGUCGUGUUGUUAGUGGCAAUCGGAAAGUCAUGCCGCCAAACCCAGCGGAAACAAAAGAUACUCGUGCACCGAGUCGUAAUGCCGCAGCUGCGCCUGUGCCAUUGCAGAGACAAGCUCUGGAAUCAACGGUAGCUGUCGAGAUGGCAUCGACAGAAUCGUUGCUGGCCACCUUCAGGUCUUUGGGGGCAGCUUACUACCUUCUCAGUCGCUAUCAGGUAUCAUCUGCGGUCGAUGCUUUCAAAGCUCUACCUUCGGCGCAUCGAGAAUCACCAUGGGUGCUUGCCCAGCUUGGCAAAGCAUACUACGAAGCAUCAGAAUACUCUUCAGCAGAAAUCUGUUUUGCAAAAUUGUUAAAACUUCAGCCGACACGUAUCGAAGACAUGGAGGUGUAUUCGACAGUUCUAUGGCAACUGAAAAAGCCGGUGCAGUUGGCUUUCCUGGCGCAUAAUUUGAGAGACCUGGCAUUCAACUCUCCACAAACCUGGUGUGCAGUGGGAAACGCUUUCUCCUUGAGCAGAGAACAUGAGCAAGCCAUCGCAUGCUUCAAGCGUGCGACACAAGUAGAUCCGGAAUUCAGCUACGCUUGGACACUCAUGGGCCAUGAGCUUUUGACCAACGAGGAGUUUGAUNGCCGCGCUUGCAUCUUCCGUAAAGGAGUCGGAAGUGAGAGACGUGGAUUUGGAGCGUGGUAUGGUUUGGGCAAGUGCUACGAAAGAAUGGGCAAGUGGGAUGAGGCACAGCGACACUACCGUAUUGCGUUCAGCAUCAAUCCCAGCAACCCUGUACUGGCGGUCUGCAUAGGAGUGAUCAUGGAGAAGCUCCACCAUCCCAAGGCAGCUUUGACACAAUAUUCGCAUGCGCUGAAUCUUGCGCCGAACUCGGCACUCGCACGAUUCAAGAAGGCGCGCGUGUUGAUGAGUCUGAAGCUCUAUGAGGAUGCUCUCGUGGAGCUCGAAGUACUAAAGAAUCUAGCACCAGAGGAGGCCAACGUGUUCUUCUUGCUCGGAAAAUGUUUCAAGGGUCUCGGAAGACGAGCAGACAGUGUGCGCACCUUUACUACUGCGCUGAAUCUUGAUGCGAAGGCGUCGCAAUAUAUCAAGGAGGCCAUGGAAGCUCUUGAUGACUCUGACGAAGAUGAUAUGGAUGACGACUGA